AUGCGCGGUCUUCUGCUUCUCUUCUUAGCGACCAUGGGAUUGGCCAGCCUACAAACCCCUAUGGACGGUCAAACAGGAACAAUCAGCCUGCUGGACAUUAUCAAAUCACCAGAACUGGCUGCCACUUGCGGUAUCAUGAUGGAUAAUUCUCCUGGCUACUCGUAUAUCGACGUUGACCUACGCGAUAUCAAUCUACUCAAAGUCUCGAUCAGGCAUGGUGAUGACGACUCGGUCAUUUCGCAAAUGGAGAUGGCAACGAAUUCGAAAGCUGCAACUUGGUUGGAAGCUGAGGAAGCUUGGCAGGAGGAGAUGGCUCGCCAAAGACAGUCCGAAUCCUCUGAUUUGGAGUCAAUUAAUUGA